GUUAAAAUUGACUAAAAGUUGUUUUUCCUCGGGUUUUGUAUUGCAUUUUGUAUGAAAAACGGCGUAAUCUCGUGAAUUUGUGACUUUCGCACACGAGCAACACACGCAGCAAUGCGGGUGAAUAGUAAAAAGUGUCGAAUUUGUCUAAUUGACAAUCCGCUGGAUUUUGUCUCGCUCAAAGAUGAUUGUACGGCGGAGCAGAAAAACUAUUGGGAGCUCUACGAGUACGUUACGGGCUUCAAAAUUGACGAGAGUGGUCCGCAAAAGCUCUGCAAGAAAUGCACAGACGAUUUACUCGUUGCGCUGGAGUUCAAGAAGCGCUGCGAAAAGAGCGAAGAAAUCCUCAGUGGAAAUGUUCGAGUCAAAACAGAAUAUUUGGAGGAAAAUUUUGUGGAGAUUGAAACGAAAGCGGAUCCUGAAUCGAUUUUGUUUGUCACAAGUGAGAACUGGGAAGAGGAACAAGCAGUGGAGAAACCGGCUUUUAAACGCGAACGCUCCGUGAUUUCGGAAGACGAUGACUCAGAGUAUGCGGAUAAUCAGUCAGACAGCGAUUCGGAAACUUCUGAUGAUGAUGACGAUGAGGAAAGACGGGAAAAGUCACACAAGUCCAAAAGAGCAGUUACUUGUCCGUAUUGCGUUCACAGCAAAAUCUACAAAGACAAGGAUAAUUUGAGGAAACAUUGUCGCAAAGUGCAUCAAGAUCAAAAACUAAAGUGUCCGGAAUGCGAUGAGAGCUUCUAUUUGGCGUACCAGUUGAAACGGCAUCGAAGAACGGCACACGAAAAGAAAUCCUACAGUCGAUCCAAGUCGUCGUACGAUCCCUCGAAGCAAGAAAAGUCCAUUUGUUGUCAUUGCGGUAAAAUUAUGGCGGCACAUUACAUGGAUAGACACAUCAACGAUGUCCACUUGAAGGCUCACGUUCAGUACACUUGCGACAUUUGUAAGACAAUAAUGCACACAAAGGGCGGUCUCAUCUCGCACAUGCGACGCAAACACAUGGAUGUCAAAUACGAGUGCUCGUACUGCAAAGAAGCCUUCCCGAGCUACGGUAUUCGGCGAACACACGAAUUGCGCUUCCAUACUUUUGCCUACAAGUUUUCGUGCAAUUUGUGCGGACACAAAUUCAUCUCGAAUCGGGAUUUGAGGAAACAUCGUGUCACGCACACCGGAGAGAAGAACUUUAGAUGUGAAAUUUGCGGUAUCCAAGUGUCGCGAAAAUCUGUACUGAAUCUUCAUAUGGCCGUGCAUUCAGAUGCUCGUCCAUUUUCCUGCGAAAUAUGUUCCGCCUCGUUCAAAACAAAGAAAGCACUCAAAGUGCAUUACGGCGUUCACAGCGAACGCAACUACGAAUGUCCCGUUUGCAAUCAAAAGUUCUUAGUGAACCAAGCCAUGCGUUUGCAUGCGCAAAAACGCCAUCCCGAUUACCAACUUCCGCCGCCCGGCACAGUCAUGAACAAGAGUGCCCUGGCUCGCAUCCAGGAAAUCAAUGCCAAGUAUAACGUCAACUACAAGACAACGCCACGAAUUUAUCCGAAGCUAGAGCCAGGCACGGUACUCGAUCCCGCAACAGGUCUCAUUACGGGAAGCGUGUCGUCCGACUCGGAAAUGGCACAUGCUGCCGCCAACAUCGCCAACGAACAAAAACACGAAUUGCAAUAUCCACCGGAAUUACAGAAUAACAUUUAUCGUCCACGAUUAAUGGAUGACCAACAACAACAACAGCAGCACCAACAACAACAACAGCACAGCAUGCUGGGAGCCAUGCAAGUGCAGCAACAACUGAUGCCGAUGAUGACGCAUCAUGGUCACAAUUCAGCUGCAGCAGCGGCGGCGGCGGCAAUGAUGCACAGUCCACUGAGUCAAGUCACAAGUCCCGGAGGCAGUUCCAUAGGUGGCCAAUAAUUCCUUCUCAUUCACACACACACUCGUUAAAGACAUGAAUUGAAAAUCAUCCAUUAAAUGCACUACACGACGGUAGAAUAUGAAUUUAUGUAUCAUCACAUUACAUAGCCACACAUUUAUAGGAGAGAUGCUUGAAAUUAAGUUAAUAGUAUUAAGUUCAUCAUAUUAAGAAAAAGAAAAAUACAUUAGA